AUGGUCCUUAUAGCUAUAUUCAGUAUUAAGAGUAGAAACGAGAGUCAGUUUAAAGAUCUUCAGGAACCAGAAGCCAUAAUUGUUGCUCCUACCAGAGAGCUGAUCAAUCAGAUUUACCUAGAUGCUUGGAAAUUUGCAUACGGAACUGUCGUUCGUCCAGUUGUAAUCUAUGGAGGAACACAAACGUCUAAUUCACUGCGCCAGAUAUUUCAAGGCUGCAACAUCCUUUGUGCGACACCUGGGAGGUUACUGGACGUUAUUAACAAGGAGAAGAUUGGGUUGAGCCAAGUGAAAUACCUUGUUCUGUAUGAAGCUGAUCGUAUGCUGGACAUGGGUUUUAUGGAAGAUGUAAGAAAAUUGUUGUCAAGUCAAGGAAUGCCAAAAAGAGAAGAAAGGCAAACUUUAAUGUUCAGUGCCACGUUCCCUACGCCCAUACAAAAUCUUGCUAGAGAGAUUUUGAAGCCAGAUUAUCUGUUCGUGGUUGUCGGACCAGUUGGUGGCGCGUGCAGUGAUGUCGAACAGCAGAUAAUUGAAGUGGAAGAGUAUGGAAAGAGGGCUAAACUGCUGGAACUUUUACAACUCAUAGGCCAUGAGCGCACGAUGGUUUUUGUGAAAACCAAAAAGAUGGCGGAUUUAAUUGCAACAUUUCUUUGUCAAGAAAAAAUCCCCUGCACAAGCAUUCACGGGGACAGAGAGCAAAGAGAGCGGGAGAAAGCUCUGGGCGACUUCCGCUCUGGACAGUGUCCUGUGAUUGUUGCCACGUCUGUUGCUGCCAGAGGAUUAGAUAUCGAGAACGUCCUUCAUGUGAUAAAUUUUGACAUCCCUGGCGAUGUUGACGAAUAUGUUCACAGGAUCGGCCGAACCGGACGCUGCGGCAACACUGGAAAAGCCAUUUCUUUUUUUAAUAAGAUUGGUGAUGACGAGCAAAAAAUUGUCCGUGGACUAGUGAAAGUUUUAACCGAUGCUCACCAGGAGGUACCUGCUUGGCUUGAAGAGAUGGCGUUCAGUGCCCAUGGCAUGCCAACCUUUAGUUCACAGCCAAGCAAAUUUGCUUCAGUGGAUAGCAGGAAGAGAGGUGACUUCCAGGAGGACAACGGUUACAGCAAUGCUGGCAUUUCACAACCUGCAGCGCGGGCGGCAGCGGAGGAGGACGAAGAUUGGGGCUAGUCGGACGUGGUUAAGCAGAUGAGACAUUCUUACAGAUUCAGUUUUACAUGAAACAAUAUGUUGUAUGUUUGUAAAAAUGAGAAUUUUGUUUAUCGCACUCCAGUAUUUAAGGUAGUAAUUUGCCGUUAGGAAAUUUACUUAUUUUGGUUCAUUGUAAAUGGCUGCUCUGAAA